AUGGAAGAAGGAACAUCGUCCAGUCAAGACACCGAAAGACAGCAAAAACGAACUGUCGACAAUCGAUUGAAUCUGACGGCGCGACGAGUCGAAUAUCAGCCCAAAGUGAAAAUUCGUGAGAAAACGAUACUUUAAUCCUAUUUUCAAAGUGUUUUGUUCAGCAAGAAUACCGGAGCAUCUACAUGGCAGGUCGCCUCACUCAGUGCGAAUUCCGAUAAUCCGACCUAAAAUGCCGCCGAAGCCGACGGGCGCCGCCGUCCGACUCAUAACCACCCCGCCGCCGAUUGCUCCGAGCGUUUCGAAUCCUCGGCCGUUGAUUUCUUUGCUCGACCGGACUGAAUUCCGAGAUCGGAACCGAGUCGUCGUCCCUGUAACGCCGAAUAAGCCGAAGAAACUGUACUAUACGGAGCUGAAUGAAAUACGGAAAGAGUUCGGAAUACCGGAAGCAUUCGACGCUGCGAAGCCGAACACAAUGAGCGGAGUUGGUGAGAAAUGCUAAAAAUUGGAUGAGAAUAGUUUACAAUAGACAUUUUCAGCGUUGGCGGAAAAAUUACAAAUGGUGCAACGACUUCGGGGUGAGAACAAGUUUCUUCGUGAAUCGAUCGAGAAGAAGAAUGAAAUGUGCCAGGCGCGGACGGAAGCGAUCGAACAGCUUCAGAGAACGACGGCGGAUACACUGGGUCACUGUCAAGUGCUGAGGGAAACACUGAAUCAGGUGGUGACGGACACCGAACGGAUAAGGAAUCAAAUGAGAUGA